AUGAGUCCACCAAUGGUUGAACUUGCGGUGUCUCUUAUUGGUAACGCUGAGAAAUUAUUUGCAGCAACAUACCCAACCGAUUGUGAUAUGGACCCAUCCGAUGUCUUUGAUCGGGAAGAAGCGUGGCAGAUUGUCAAGAAUGCUUCUGCAGUUUCAAAUGGGCAAUUCUUGCGCUCGAUUCUUGGUGGAGAGAGCCUGCCAGGACUUUAUGAAAUGAUAAUAAGCUGCAUUGCAGAUUGGUAUAAAUCACAAGUGUAUUUGGACCAUUGUCAAGAACUCAAAGAUCAACAAGUUAUGAUUGAUCAAGAGAUUUUGAACAAGGAGCUCAUUGAGGAGGAAAUUCGCGAGCAGUUGAGAUUAAAACAAGCAGAAAAAGAUGCAAAAGCUUCUCAAAUUCAAGCAGCAAAAACUUUGCGUCUUGAGAAGCAAGCAGAAAAAUUGAGAAUUGCAGGAGAGGCGAAAGAUAGGCGGCAGCGCGAACAAGGUUUCAAAACCCCAGGUGAACCUUGA